CAUGGAGCCUGGCAGCGGCAGCUCGGAGCGGUUACAUAACGCCUGCAGGUCGGGAGAGAAGCUGCUGAACGUCUCCUCCUCCUCCUCCCCCUCAGCUCCACAGUGACAGCUCCGCACACAAACACACAACAACAACAACACAACCCCAAGGAGGAGAAUACACAGCAGCAUGGAGGAGGUGUGAGUUCAUAGGCAGGACCAGAACCGGGACUAAACAUGGAGACCAACCCGCUCAUUAACGCCAUGGACCCAUCCAUCACUCUGUGGCAGUUCCUGCUCCACCUGUUAGAGGACCAGCGGCAGCGUCACCUGAUUUCCUGGACAGGUGAGGAUGGAGAGUUCAAGCUGCUGGAUGCCGAGGAGGUGGCCCGUUUGUGGGGGCUCCGCAAAAACAAGCACAACAUGAACUAUGACAAACUGAGCCGAGCGCUCAGGUACUACUACGACAAGAACAUCAUCAAGAAGGUGAGCGGACAGAAGUUUGUGUAUAAGUUUGUGAGUCAGCCCGACCCGUCUCUGCCUGAUGGAGUACACAGCAGUGACGACGUCCCAAGAAAAGAUGUCUCUGACCCAAAUAACCAGUUGAAAAAUAUUGGGGGCAUGGCUUCUACCUGUCAGUCCAAGGGCUUACCUCAGCGUUCGUCACCUAGCAGCUCCCAGAAGAGCUCCAGAAAUGACUACAUGAAGUCUGGACUCUACUCCACCUUCACCAUCCAGUCCCUGCAGACCCCACCCAAUCCCCGACCUGUCAAAUCAGAGCUCCUGCUGCAACAAGACGCCGCCCCCCAGGCUGACCGCCCCCCCAGAGAGAUCUGCCUGCUGACGGACAGUAAACCCCCCCUGUCAGUGGGAGGGGCUGUUGACUCUCUCCAGGUGAUCGUAACACAGACGUCUCCCUGUCCCACUCCGGCGCUCAGUCCACAGAUGCCAACCAACCCCAGCAGCCAAUCACAGAACCCCCCCACAGCCCACCUGAGUGACCCCCCACAGAUUUAUCUCAGCAACAUCGGGGACCCAACCUCCCUCACCCCCCUCCUUCCUCUUGGACAUGUAGGAGCGGUGGGGAGUGCUGUCCCCCCUGUCCCCACCCCCAGUGUCUCAGUGGGUCCCCCCCAGUCCCAACAGCAGGACAGCACUUUCCCUCCUCACCCAUCUAACCCCCCACCUGUCUUUGUCAUCAUCAACCCAUCUCCUCCCCAGCAGCAUCAAACUCCUCCCACUGUCCACACCCCACCCACUGCCCCGCCCCCUGAGCACUCCCCUCCCCCCCACAUCGAGAUCAAGGAGGAGAACCUGCCAUCAGAGGAGGAGCUGCUGGAGAUGGUGACUCUAGAGAGGAAGCAGGCAGAGGAGGUUCCUCAGCUGAUCUGCAGCUCAGCAGAACCAGAACCACCCCUAACUAUUGUGGAGAGCCCCACCCCCCCCAUCUUGGAGCCCAGGGUGGGAGUCCAGCAGGAAGGAGCGCAGGAGGGAAGGGAGGCCAAGGACUCACCAGCAGAUCUCGCCGUGCCUCCGAUGACAUCAUCACUCACCUCCACAUCCGGCGCCGUUCCUCCUAAACCCAAGAAACCUCGAGGGCUGGAGCUGCCGUCCUCCCCCUCACUCCCCCCCGGCCUCUCCCAGGAUAAGGUGAACGCAGCUGUAAACAGUUUACUGGCUCCUGGAUCUGCGACCAACACGCUCACACCAUCGGUGAUCACCUCCCACGCUCUGACUCCUGUCCUGCUGACUCCCGGCGCUCUUCCCUCCACCAUCCACUUCUGGAGCACGCUCAGUCCCAUCGCCCCUCGCUCACCUGCCAAGCUCUCCUUCCAGUUCCCGUCUAACGGCAGUAACCAGAUCCACAUCCCGGCUCUGAGCGUGGACGGCCUCUCCACCCCCGUGGUUUUGUCCCCCGGCCCCCAGAAGCCUUGACUCUCCAGCCCCCCCCCCCUUCACCCAGCCCCUCAGUGGGCGGUUUCACCUGAUGAGCCUCCUCCAUCCCUGGAGGUUUGGAGCAGAACCGGUUCUGGUGCUGAUGCUAUGCAGUCUGACUGCAGGAGACUUGGACGACGAAGACGCUGCGCAGACAGCAGAUGGACGUCCUUCAUGCUCCCUAAGCCCCACCCCCUUAGCUUGAUUACAGGGGAUGUUGGGAAACCCGGUGCUCCUCUUGACUCUGAAGCAUCUUGACUGGUUGGUACGUAACCAUGACAACGGUGUGGAAACACUAAAGCAGAAGAAGAGCUGAAAGGGUUUUCCUCGUCUGGUUUUAUUUAUUCUGUUUCCUGGCGUCGCCGCGGGUUCCUGUGAGGAUUUUCCUGCUGGAUUCCCUCAUCGAGACUUUCUCUGAGCCGCUGGAUGGUUUUAGUUGGGCUCCGAUUGGCUGGUUUUAGGCCACACCUUUUAUUGAUUCGAGUGACUGUUGAUGAUGGAGAAUCUUCUGAGCCACGUUUUCCUCCCUAAAUGCCGCUGAGGCGAAGAUCCCGUCACAUUCCUCUGACUGCAGCGUUCCUGUUUUCAUCCGAACAUUCCGAACAAGCGUGUAAAUAUUCACCUGCUUUUGUCACUGGAAGCUUCAUUUGCUUCAGUCGUGUUGCCACAAGUUCUGUUGUUCCAGCCCGGCUCUGUUGUUUCAGCCCGGUUCUGUUGUUCCAGCCCGGUUCUGUUGUUUCACUCAUGUUCUGUUGUUUCAGCCCGGUUCUGUUGUUCCAGCCCGGUUCUGUUGUUUCAGCCCGGCUCUGUUGUUCCAGCCCGGUUCUGUUGUUUCAGCCCGGUUCUGUUGUUCCAGCCCGGUUCUGUUGUUUUAGCCCGGUUCUGUUGUUCCAGCCCGGUUCUUUUGUUUCAGCCCGGUUCUGUUGUUGCAGCCCGGUUCUUUUGUUUCAGCCUGGCUCUGUUGUUUCAUCCCGGUUCUGUUGUUCCAGCCCGGUUCUGUUGUUCCAGCCCAGUUCUUUUGUUUCAGCUCGGUUCUGUUGUUCCAGCCCGGUUCUGUUGUUGCAGCCCGGUUCUUUUGUUUCAGCCUGGCUCUGUUGUUUCAUCCCGGUUCUGUUGUUCCAGCCCGGUUCUGUUGUUCCAGCCCGGUUCUUUUGUUUCAGCUCGGUUCUGUUGUUCCAGCCCGGUUCUGUUGUUGCAGCCCGGUUCUUUUGUUUCAGCCUGGCUCUUUUGUUCCAGCCCGGUUCUGUUGUUCCAGCCCGGUUCUUUUGUUUCAGCCCGGUUCUGUUGUUCCAGCCCAAUUCUGUUGUUUUAGCCUGGUUCUGUUGUCCCAGCCCGGUUCUGUUGUCCUGUGGAGUUUUGAUUGUUUUAGCCCCGUUAGGUUGUCAUGGCAACAUAAUGAGCCACCGCCUGCCUCAGAUUCUGUUCCUGAAGUAGAUAAUCGUGUCUGGACUGGGAUCAGAACUGGUCCAAGCUCCUGGUUAUUAAAUGUUGGUUCUGCCCAGCUGGACCGGGUUUCAGCCCUGAGAAACUCUAAGAUCUGAGCUAGUUUGGGGUCAGUGAACUCACCGUCACUAGGCUGCUAAUGGCAGGUGUGUAGUUCUGAGUGGGCUCUGGUUCCAUCAGAACCAUAAACCCGAUCCUGUUUUUGUUUAGACCAGACGAGUUGAAGGUUGUUUAUAGUCGGACUAGUGAACCGGACUGAAGUCGGAACGUUUUGGACUCUCAGAACCAGCUGGCUCCGCCUCCUGCCCGACUGCUUCGGUGACUCGUGCGGAUGUUGGUGAAAACGCCGGUGCAGCAUGCGAGGAUGCCUGAAACCUUUUACUCUGACUCCGAUCAGCACCGGUGUCGUAGAAGUUCUGCUUCUAUGGAGCAGCUGACCCAAAGACAGCCAGCUCAUUGGUUCAUCACGUUAAGUGUGCUGUAGAGAUGGAUGUUUGCUGGUUUGAAUCCCAGCAGCAGGAGUUUUCCUGGCCCUGAGACAAUCAGAAGCUCUGAUUCCUGUUAGACGGAAACUUGUGGCAACACGAGGAACCCGGAAUGUGCUGCGGACCAAACCCUGAGCGAUCUGGGCCCCGUGGUCCCAAACAGACUGUUCUUCUCCCUGGUGAUGCUGUGGUUGCCGCGGUGACCUGACCUGACUGUUGCUGAUGUGGUUGUUGAUGCUGCUGUUGUGAACGUGCUUGUGCCCAGCGGCGCUGUCGGACUGUUCUCUCCUUUACAGCAUGAAUAUUUUUCUAUGGCGAGUUAUCCAAGUCUUGAAGUUUUCGGAUGUUUUCUACGGAUUCUUCGGCUCCGUGCGUCUUUCAGAGCAUGACCAAGGUCCACAAGCCAUUUCCUGUUUAACGUUUCUCUCACCAGCAGAACAUUACGAAUGUCUCCACGCGGACCGGUGCCGCCGCUCUGGUCUGUCCACACGUCGCUGCCGCUGCGCUGCAGGCUGACGUCCGAGCGAAUCAGCAGAAACUCGAGCUCCGCUCCGGCCCGGUUCUACUGUCAGCCCGGUUCAACCCGGUGUCCUCAGCUGAACCACAAGGCCUCUUACUCAAGGGAUGAGCCCGGGUUGAAACCAGAUCUUUAGUCUGUUUGGUACCGGCAGCCCGUCGCAGAGGCUCGUUGUGGUUCUGAUUCACCGGAAAACCCAGUCUGACAGGAACCAGGAGGGAGGCUGAGGGAGGGGGCGGAGCUUCAGGUGGAAAGAAGCCCCUCAGAAUGUGAGUGAGUCUUAAAAGCGCUGAAUCGCUCUCACAGAUUUGCUUAGUCAUGCUUCAGGUGACAUCAGGCGACGGCUCAAAGCAGCGUCUGAGUUUUAGGAACGCUGACGUCUUCACCUGUUUUCGUUUUCGUGAGUCGGAGGUGUUCGGAUCCACCCGGUGGAGCUAAAGCAGAUCUUUCCUGAUGUUGGGAAACAUCUGGUGUUCUGGAGCUUCCUGUUUAAUGAGGGAAGCCCCACCCCCUUCUGUGAGUGCUCAUGGUUCAGCAGCAUGAGGGGUGGAGCCAAGAGCUAUACAGGUCAUUUGAUUGGUCACCACCUGCUUAAGGUUUGCUGUGAUGCAAUGUGAGCGGUGACCUCUGACCUGUUAGUGGGCAGCUCCCAUGAUGCUUUGCAUCAGACAGGAAGCUCCAGAACCUUCUCUGUACAUACAUGUUAUCAACCCGAGCUCCACGUAACCCGAUCUAAUCGGUACUUUUCUGUCAUUGCUCCUCACAGCCAGUGUGGCCCCGCCCCUCCUCGGUCAUGAUUGGCCUUGAGGUUGAUUGAUGUUAGGGGCGGGGCCUGCUUUAUUUUUCGGGGACAGAGGUCUAAAUGUUCAACGUUGUUUACUGGAACCUUAAAAAGAAAAUAUUUUUAUGGAUAUCUGAUUUUGUUGAUGUAAAUGUUGUUUUCUACGACCUGACGCUCGCACUGGGAUGACCCAAAUAAAAGCGUACCCAUCCAAACCA